AUGCUAAUGCAAUCAACCUUUCUGGACUUUGAAGCCGCUUUCGACUCUCUUCGAGGCCGUCUUCUCAACGUACUCCGCGCCGAUGGAGUACCAGGAAAGUUCGUUCGCUUGCUUGAUUGCAUGAAACAACGAACAACUGCUGCAGUUCAAACACCAACCAGAUGUACAACACCGUUUGAGGUGGUAACUGGAGUAAGACAAGGGGCAGUGAGUACGGCAGAUCGCCUUGUUCCACGAGUUCUGAGAAGUUCGUUGGGUUCGAGUUCGAAGAAGCCACUUGGCCGAAAACGGAAGUCCUGGGCUGAGGUGGUGGAAGAGGAUCUGUGGACACUUGGCGUGGGUAGGCAGUUCAGGCCUCUUUGGGGAGCUACAGCCGCGCAAGUAGAAACUCCAUAUGGCAGGGCACCUCUCCAGAAAACCAUUAAAUGUACACUUUCAUUUCGGGAGCGGUGUAGUGCAGCAGGUAAGAGGUUCUGCUAUGGUUACAAUCAAUCUGAAGUUCGAAUCCGCCCUAGUGCAAAAGAAACCAAACCUUUCGGAGUCGAUAAAUUGCUACCGGACCUCUGGGGAGAUUAA